GUUGCCGGAUAACUGCACUUGUGGUGCUAGUAGUAAGAGACUUUCUUUUUCUCUUUGUGAUUCCCAAUAAUUAUCAAUUUUUUAAACUGAUUAAAAUUGUUGUAGCACAUCCAGCUUGGUGUGUUCAAGGAAUGGAUCUGCAUUGGAUAACAUAAUUGAGGUAAACUUUAAUAAAAUUCUAAUACAUAAUACAUUAUAAGAAUAAUUAUUUCAUGUAUUCCAUGUGCCCGAUGAUUAAAAAAUACUUUUGAGCCUUUUGAGUUAAAAUAUGAAUCUUAGGCAAAGAGUUCAAUAAAUGAUUAGUGUUGUUAAAUCCAGGAUUUUUAGCUUUUGGCAAUAAAUUUACGUAAGAAAUGUACGUUAAUCAGUGACAAUUAAUCACCCACACAUGGGAAAUGCCAAGUCAAUCUUUUAAUAUGCAAAACCCUCAUAAAAAAUACAGAAGUAUUUGUAAUCAGAUAUACAGAUGUAAUAUAAUUGAAGCUGCCGGUUUAUUCAAAUGCAAAUGAGUUGAAAUCAAGGUUACAAUUAGUUUUGAAAACCUGGACAAAUCUACAAGAGACAUGGAAAAGAGAAGAAUAAUCAUUAGCUAUUAAAUGGCCGAUCGACUGUUUUCAAGCCAUUAUAAUCUUGAGUUUAAGAAAUCAAAGCUCUGAAUAGUGACUAUUUAUGACUAUUUGAUACAAUUAAAUUAAUUUUCUAGCUAAAUUUAAUAAUUUCUCUCUAAUUUAAAUUCAAUUUAAUUGAAAUGCAAACGAUUACUUCUAUUCUACCUUGAAACUACCGCCCAAUCAAUGAUAUAACCAACAAGUCUAUAUUUAUUUACAUCAACAGCUAUCUGUCUUUUCGUGAAUUUUUUUUAAUACCAUAUGGUCUAGUAAUUUGGGCUAUAUUUGGAUUAUUCAUAUCAUUCUGUGUUAUAUUGUUUAAUUUUAAUUUUUAAGAGUUUUCUUUUCGAUUGUGAAUAUUUUAAAAUGUCCAAUAUCACUGUAGAUAACCAAAGUAAACAAUUACAGGAAGCUUUCAAUGAAAUCAGUAAUUUACGCUGUAAACUGGACUCCAAGUCUCGUGCAUCGGUGAUUUUGAGCCAAGAUUUGCUAGAAUGUAAACGGGAACGUGAUGAGUAUAAAUUGAUGUAUGAUCAAAUCAAGGAAAGGUAUAAUGCACUGAAAAGGCGAAUCGAAGGCUUAGGAGCAAAUUUCAUGGGAAUCAAUGAAGAUCCAAACAAUUUAACCAGUGCAAGCUUCGCUCAAAUUUUGUGUCAACUAAAUAAACAAAAUAAGAUGCUUCUCUAUGAGCUGGAAGAAGUGAAGACGAAAUUGAUUGAUGCUGAAGGCGAUGUUAGGCUGUUGCGUGGCCAAAUAAACUCAAUGAAAAGACGACCAGGGUUAACCGGAUUACACUCCAAUAGCAUCAGCAGUAACAGUAGCAACAGCAGUUGUAGCACAUCCAGCACCACAAAGGGAUCAAGCCAAAAAUUUGAAUUAAGUGAGAAAGAGGAUAAAGAUAUACUGCAGUCACCUGAUGAAGGAUCAAAUGUACAAAAUUUAAAAUCAUCAGCAGCAGCCAUUACUGUUCCAAUAUCAUCAAAUGUAUUAUCAAAUAAGGAAAGGAGCGAAAAACAUACUUUGGUAACUCAACUGGAAAUGAUUAAACAACGCAACUGUUUAUUAGAGAAAGAUAUGCAAUCCUUAUUAGAUGAGAAGGAAGAGUUAAUCAUGAUAAGAGAUGCGUACAAGGCUAAGGUGGAAAGGCUUAACGGUCGCCUGAACAAUUUAUUAAGGGAACAAUCAGGCGAUCCAACAAAUGAAAAGAAUGACACCAAACCAAUCGAUAUUGAUAGUUUGAUAAAUGAAAAUAAUUUUCUUCGGGAAAAAAUAUCUCAACUUGAAGAAGAAAAGAAACGCCUUAAAGCCUUGUGUACAAAAUAUCGUAAUAUUUUAGAAAAAUCGACACCUUCAUCAUCGAGUUCAAUGUUUUCCUCUUUAAAAUCUUCCUCGUCCGAUUCUCGAUCCAAAUUAUUGGCUGACCAUCAAGCCUUGUCUAAUGUAAUCUCUUCUAAACAAGUCCAAGCUUUCAUUGCUUCCAAUAAUUUAAACAAUCUUCAAUUAUCUCAGGCUACUCUGGUGCAUUUGAAAAGUCUUGUUGUUGCUUUAUUUGAAUCAUUGACGGAUAAAUCAUCUGCUCUUGCACUUCAAAGGAAAAACAAUCGACUUUUAGGUGAACGAUUAGAAGAAUUGGAAGAGAAAAUUAAACAAUUAAAAGCCCGAGAAAAGGUUUUUUUCCUGAUGAAGGAUAAUGUUAAUACUGAACUUUAUAAUCCAGAAGAUUUAGAUGACAUAAUUGUGCAUCGCCCGCGAGAUGAAUCAAGAUUUUCAUCAUCACUGCCCUCACCUAAUCCAAGUGCAGAUAAUAAUAAUAAUUUCCACGAUAAUAAUGAAACUGAUACAAGCUAUAAAGAGUUCAAUGUGGAUUCCGAAAAGAUUGCAGAGAAUGAUGAUGAUGAGUUUCAAUUACCAAGUAAUUUAAAAGCUCUGGUUGAUGGAGAGGUACUCAAAUUGAAACAAAAUACUGAUUCUUGAUGAAGUACGCUUAAAAUAAAAAUAUCGUUGCCUAAUUAAAACUAUUUCUUAUGAACAUAUAUUGAUUAAUAAAUUAAAUUAAACAUAUA